GUGACACCGCGUGAGUGAGAGACGCAUGGAAAGGAAUUUGAAGCGUUAUUUGCUCUAUAAAAGACAAAGACGAAAACUAAGGACAUUAAAUAUAUAUUUUUAUUUUAUUUUAGUUAGUUUUGCCAGACACACAUUACAGUUUUAGUUAGUUAUCGUUUUUUGUAAUGACUCGUUUUUAUUUUUAUUUCAGUUAACGACAAUGUUUUUUCCCACCUAGUUUUCGUUUUUUCGUUCGUUUUCGUUAACGAUUAUAACCUUGAUUCAGACAUGGCUGCGAAUGCGGCGGCAGCGCUUCGAAAACGAAAUGUCGCCCAUCACUAGCCAUGUGCGUGCCACAUUUGUUGGUAUGAAGUUGUUUUUCCACAAUGUGGUGGAAAUGGAACUUGUUGAUUGCGAUUGGAUUCUUUGUACACGAGCAUCGAGCGCAUUGUGAACAACACUUUCUCCAGUUCCAGUUCUCUGUGAUUUCUAAAAGAAAAACUUCAUCCGGACAGUUUUACAGUGCUGUAGGAGUGUGUGAUGAUUGGCAGAUAUCUCACUACUGUAAUGAAAAAUGGAUCUGGAUAAAUCUGAGUGCAGAUGAUUGGAGGUCUGGUCCCCUAGAGCCACAUGAGUCUAAAGAUUGGUUUUUAAAUCUCCUUCAUACUUUGACAAACUGUACAAACUCCAAGUGUUCUGUGCUUCACACAUUACAGAGGAGAAUUGGAUGCGAAGUGGUGAAGUCUUCCAGUGGAAAAGUAGAGAGUCAGACGGCCUAUGAUGAAUAUCGAUUUGAUGGAGAGGAUUUGAUUUACCUGGAUACUAUAACAAUGCAGUGGAUGGACAAAACUCAUGGUGCAAAAGAAAUCAAAAUGCAGUGGGACAUGAAUACAGGUCGCAUCGAGUACCUCAGAUCAUAUCUCAACCAAUGCAUGACCUGGCUUUCAACAUAUUACUCAAUAAAACAUCCACCCAAAAUUCAUAUAUUUGCGGUUGAAGCUCCUCAUGGUGGAAACAAGCUGAAUCUGACCUGUAUGGCCACCGGCUUUUACCCCAAAGACUUAAAGAUGGAUAUAACACUGAAUGGCAUUAAACUUGAAUCCUUAUACAGUACUGGAGUCAGACCAAACCAUGACAACACCUUUCAGAUAAGAACCUCUGUGGAAAUAAACAAAGAAGAUAAAGACGGUUUGGAGUGUCAUGUUACUCACAGCAAUCAAACACUUAAAACAAAAUGGGAUGGAAAUUGUACAAACUGCAAUGAAACAUCUAGAAAAUAUGCUGCAGUACUAGUGGCAGUUACAGCAUUUAUAGCUGCUGCUGUACUUGUUCUUAUGCUGAGGGUCUACAGAAUGAAGAAUUAUCAGAGGAACUCUCAGGUAACACAACAACAACAACUCAAUGGAGUUGAUUCACAUGCGUCUGAUCUAUCAGAAACACUGAUACAGUUGGAACAGACAAAUGGAAUUCCUGCAAAUGCAUUACAACAGUAAAUGCUGCAUUGAAGACGUGGUUUGACUAAACAAAGGUUACAUAUAAAUUUACUGAUUGUAUGUUGUGUUAUGUCUAGGUCAUUUAUUAUUUUUUAUAUGACAUCUGUAAAUCUAUUAUAUGCUGUAAAUGUCAUGGUUAUUUUGAUUUGUUGUCUUGCUGCACUGCAGUCAACAUUAAUGAAACCAGCUAGACUGAUGUACAGGAGGAAAGCUGGUAAAUAUGUGAUAGAAGUCUAAAUGAAGAGGGUAUGUGCAGUUACUUCCUAGUAUUUCCGACUGGCUAAUUCAACUUGGAAAAAUGUGUUUUCUGUGUUAUUUAAGCUCAAGAAACUGAAUAUGUUGUAUUUUAUAUAGUAUUACUGUCAUGUGUAUUUGUUUGGCAGUAAUGUGUUGUUUGUUUGUAUUUUUUGCCCGUAAUUUAAGAUGCAUUGGAUUGAUUAAGAUUCUUUUUCUUCCGGUUGGUAGGUUUUAGUCUUGUAUGACGAAUGCUCCCAUGAGGAGUUGUAAACAUGGCCGUCAAGUACAAAGACUUCUAUGAAAAGCACUUUGUUUAAACCGGUAUGAGUCUGUUUUAUUGAUUGACAUUGGGUAAAUCCAGAAAACCAUAGUUUUAUUUAGUGUAUUAGUUAAUUGUGUAUCAGAGUGUUCUGUUCAGGUCACGUUAGUCUUUCUGUAGAUAAAAAUAUGAAUGUAGCAGGGUGACGUACAGCCCUAGUCAUUGGUUAGUCUCAGCCUCAGACAUCACACCCACAGACUGUUGGCUAAACGUCUGAUGUUUUUCGUACACUUUUCUGGAAACCCUGUGAGAAUGUCAAAGUUGUCUUUGAUUGGUUGAAAUAAACUGGAUUUCCAGGAGAUGCGAGUGUCGCGAUUAGUUUCGGUCCCUGGAAAACAAAGCUGUGACGUUCCAUUGAGGAAGAGAAUCAGUCGUGUUCACGUGGAUAAUAAUGAGCAGUUAUCAUGAUCGGCUAAACAUUGGAUUCUCAAAAAUAUGCAAAGUUCGCGGCAAGACGUCCAAGAGUUUUGCUUGAAGCAGUAAGUGGAGUCAAAAAGUUUGGUUGUCCUGAAUUGCUUGUUAAAAAGUGGAGAGAUAUGCUUCAAACAGACGUUUAACGGGAGCGUCUCAUUGGUGUGGAUGUUGAUGAAGUGCACAACGUUGUUCUAUAGUGAGUAAUGUAGUUUAUUUAGAUGCUAAUCGGUUGCGGCUGGUUAUUUCAUAACUGACUUGUUGCCAGCCGGCUAGUUAUUGUGGGGAGUCCGAAACGUGACGCUAGAUGAAACAAACUGUGAUUGGUUGUUUGACAUGUCGGUCAAACAGGUGGUGGGCGGGCUUUGUCCAGAAAAAGCAGCGUUAAACACCGCAAGACUAGUCAUUGGUUGACAUUAGGUAAAUCUAGAAAACCAUUGUUUUAUUUAGUGUAUUAGUUAUUUGUGUAUCAGACUUAACAGGGUGUUCUGUUUAGGUCACGUAAGUCUUUCUGUAGUAAAGAUAUGAAUGUAGCAGGAUGACCUACAGCACUAGUCAUUGGUUGACAUUAGGUUAAUCUAGAAAACCAUUGUUUUAUUUAGUGUAUUAGUUAUUUGUGUAUUAACGGGGGGGUUCUGUUCAGGACACGUUAGUCUUCCUGAAUUUGUAAUAACAUCGCAACUUGCCACAUUACCAAGACUUGCAUUAUUGUGAGUGUAGAAAAAUGAAGAGAUCUUAUCUUGAAACUGAAGAAAGCCUCUCCUCCUAGUAAAACGAGCUAAUAAUUAGUCAUUAAAAAAUAUACUCUUGGGGAGGUACCAUCGGACGUGGCAUGAGCCAAAGAAUCAGCAGAGUGAAGCCUUAUGACAUUAUGGCAAAUUAAUAAAAUGCCAUAAGCAUUUAUAAAUUUCAGUAUAUCUCUUGCACUGGCGUAAAUGCUUGCACAUGCUCAUGCAACAUGUUACUGAUGAACCACCACUCUCAUGAUUUUAGACUUAUGUUUGCAGUUAUAAGGGGGAAAAAAAUUCAUGUCUCGAGACCACUAGGUGGCGCUGUGAUAAAACGGUGCAUGCGCCCUCAGGUCAUGAGUCUAACAACAUAUAUGAAGUUACCAAAAAGCUUUGAUAAAAAGUAGGUUUGUGGAAUAAUUCAACAUGGCGGAAAAAUGUUCAUCACGGAAAAUGAUAUCUGUGUGCCAAAUUUCAUAACUUUUCUACAUAGGUUGUAUUGCCUGCCAUAGACUUCAAGGGCGGAAGUCCCCAGUUGUACCCUAAACUAUAACAUUAGUAUUAGCGUUUGUAGCAAUCCUGAUGGCAUUAAUUCAAUUUAUAUAGCGCUUUUCACAAUUGUUUAAUUGUUUCAAAGCAGCUUUACAUUAAUAAAGGACACUGAAAAACAAGGGACAACAUAAGAAGCAGAGUACAGGGGCUAAGAUUAAACUGAACUGUCGAGUGUUGUAAUAAUGUAACUAGGGCUGUCAAAAUUAACGCGUUAAUAACGCGUUAACGCAAAUUCAUUUUAACGCCACUAAUUUUAUUAACGGAGAUUAACGCAAAGCGCAAUUUCUGUUUGACCCUGUCCAGCCCAUAGUUGAAUGAACAGAGACGCAGACAAAUGUGACUCUCUCUAAAUGAGUAAAAGGUUUUCAUAGAAAUAAGAACAUUAAGCAAAUCGUCUACCAAAUCCAAUGCUCUAAAUGCUCGUUGGACAUCUGAUAUGAUCUUUGUUUAUACG